CGCUGCUGCGCUCACAGUGAAGCCUGUGACUUAUUCUGAAGAACACUAAUUUCACAUGCUGUGGCUUGGACCUCAUGUUAGUGCUGGGAAUACUGCUACACCUGGUUUGUGUAUAACGGAGUCUGCAGGUGAAAUAACCCGAAGGGAGAUUUUUGAGCUGGACGUCAGAUCAAGAUUCCCCAGCAAAGCAUCAAGAUAGAAAUCAAGAAAAACAGCAAGAUUCCUAACAAAAGCCUGAGAUAUCCUGCAUGUGAACUUCACUCAGAGAUGGAGAAAGAUAAGAACAACAGACCAGGAGAGGAAGAAGAGCAGUUAUAUUCAAAGAUGGAGUGAUGGUAGACAGCAGAGUAUGUGAACUUCAAUGUAAACGAGGCCAGACUCCAUUAUUCCUGCUGUGAUGGAGAACCCCAUCCUGCUGCCGCUCGCCCUGGCCUUGCUGGGUUUUCUGUGCCCAUGUGUGACAAGACUGACUCCCAGAGUCUCCUUCCCCAUGGAUAGUCCUGGGAGACGUCUCAUCCGCUUCAACAGCCACUAUGUCAGCAAUACCACCACGCUGCUGCUCAGUGAAGAUGGGGACAUAUUAUAUGUUGGAGCCCGGGACUCUGUGUUAGCACUGAACGUUAGCCACAAGGACAGCAUCAUACUGAGGAACAAGCUGGACUGGAGUCCUUCACAUGAAGACCUUGAGCAGUGCUCCAUGAAGGGAAAGAAAAUGGCUGACUGUCCCAAUUUCAUACGUGUACUGCAGUUCCUGAACACCACCCACAUCUAUGCCUGUGGAACGUUCGCCUUCAGUCCACGCUGCACCUACAUCAACACUGACACAUUAACAAUGAGCCUCAAGCCUGAUGAAGGGAGAGGUCGAUGCCCCUAUGACCCUUAUCAACGCAAUACGGCUAUUGUUGUAGAUGGAGAGCUUUAUACUGGCACUGUGGCAGACUACAGGGGGAAUCGGCCAGUCAUCUCAAGGCACCUCAGCGAGGGCAAGCGUGUCGACCUGAAGCUGGAUGAUACAUUGGGAUGGUUGGAGGAUCCAACUUUCAUCAGUUCCACAUUUAUUCCAGAUGAAGAGAAAAUUUAUUUCUUCUUCACUGAAGUGGGCAGAGAGUAUGACUUCAUCGACAAGUUUAUCGUUUCCCGCGUCUCUCAGAUCUGCAUGAGUGAUGUGGGAGGUCAGCGGACCCUGCAGCGACGCUGGACCACGUUUGCAAAAGCUCAGCUGCUUUGCCAAGCUGACCAUGAGCUGCCCUAUAAUGUGCUCCAGGACAUAGACACCCUCCUGCCUGCAGAGGGCGCUCCUGUGGAUGACAUACUCUUUUAUGGCAUAUUCACCUCUCAGUGGUCUGUCAACUCUGGGCGGUCAGCAGUGUGUUCCUUCCGCCUCACUGACAUCAAAUCGGUCUUUUCUGGUAACUACAAAGUCCUGAACCGGGACACAUUACAGUGGAGUGCACGGGUUCAAGAGAAGGUCGCAAAUCCAGGCGAGUGUGGCCUGCACAACGCUUCAGACAAUGCCCUGCGCUUUGUCAAAGAGAACUUCCUGGCAGAUGACAGUGUGCGACCAGUUGGAAGAAACCUUACCAUGGUGUCUGCUGAAAACACCUACAGCCACCUGACUGUCCAGAGGGUCCAGGCAGCCAACGGCAAACACUACACUGUCCUGUUUCUCCUUACAGAGUCUGGUUACUUGCAUAAAGCAGUGCUGCUACUCAGAGGGGCCCAUAUCAUUGAGGAGAUUCAGGUCUUUGAGCAGCCUCAGCCUGUCAAGAGCCUGAAGCUCUCCAUACCCAAGGGAAUGAUUUAUAUCGGCACAUCGGAGGGCGUCGUGAAGGUCCCGACAGCUAACUGUUCUUUUUACUGGACCUGUGCUCAGUGUGUUCUGGCCCGAGAUCCCUUCUGUGGUUGGGAUACUGCCAGUAGGGUCUGUGUGAUGGUCUCUACAACAAACACUAACCUAGGCCAGGACAUAGAAAGAGGAAACGCUGAAGAAGCAUGCAGCAGUGUUUCAUUAAAUCAUAAGAGCAGAUUUGGUCCAAACAAACUGCCUGCAGCCUCAUGUCCUCCAGGCGAGCUGGUGUCUGUGUCUCUGAACGAAGUAGUGCGGCUGCAGUGUCCUGCAGCAUCAAGACUGUCUCAGCAGCUCUGGGAGCGUCCCAACAGUCGGCUGUCCUCAGACUUGUAUCUGAACUUGGAGGAUGGGAGUCUGAGCUUUGUGGCCACCCCUGCCACUCUGGGCCACUACCUCUGCCUGUCCACUGAAAAUGGCUACCAACAGACUAUGGCCAUCUAUCAUGUCAAGCAGAAGACCAGCCCUCUGUCUCAAACUCCAACCAGCUACACCCAGCCUCGGACAAAUGCGAUACCCACAACACAAUCUAUGGUCAAGCCGGGAUCUGGACUCCACAUAUCUGUAGGAACUUGGCCUGAAAGAACAGAAACGCACCAAGGAGAGUCUAAGACAACGCCAUCCAACAGGAACACUCAAGUCACCACCAGACAGCUGGGCAAAAACCUGACCUUAUGGACAAAGGAGCCUCGACAGAGAGAAUUAGAGCUCCGGGAUGGGGAAGCGCUGCUGGCCGCCCAAGCCCCAUGCUAUUUAAAGGAGCUGGUAAUUGUGUCACUUUUGCUAGUGCUGUCCCUCAGUUUGUUAAUCACCAUAUUUCUGUUUGUCAUCACACAGCGCUGCAACAACAGAACAGCCCCACAAGCAGCAACCGUAACCACUGACUCUGACAGAAGGACCCCUGUAGAGCAGGAGGCCCGAAGGGCAAAUGCGUUUCUGAGCAAAAGGAAUGAACAAGGACAGCAAAGUGGACAUGGCAGCGAGUUAGUUUGUAACGCUGCACUUUCAGGUUCUAAUGGACAUUUGCCUAACACCCCCAUCUAAACAGUUACAGUGUUACAGAUGAAAAAAGACACAUGGCACUCAAAGACUCCUGAUCUAUGGGAAGUCUUUGGCAACAGGAGGAAAAAGUUUUUUAAAACUUUAUUUGAAGGGCGAAGAAGUAACCCAAACCAUUUUAAAGUGGUUUUCAUGGGAUUUGACUUAUUAUUCUAUACAUGCAGUUUUAAUGUCCUGGUGUACAUUGAAAUUACAGCUCAGUUUAGGUCACAAAUAAGUGCCCAUAUGCAACUGAAAGUGGCUGCUGAGUUCUUCUUGAAGGGCUGUUAUGAGAUCGGCGAUAUUACCGUGGUAACAGUUAAUGACGAGGUUUAAAUACUGAGGAUGGCCAUCCUAAUCGGUAAGAUCUGGAUGUGAUCUUACUAAUAAAUCAAAGAACUGUGCGUGGGAUCACUUUUCUCAACAGCCAUUUACUGGCAGCAUUUAUGAGUAUUGUUGUGGUGGAAUAAGGGGCGUGGGAAAAUGAAUGUCUCACAAAUAUAAAGCUUCAACUGUUACACCUAAGUGCCAGACCCUUACUCGAACCCUCAAACAGGCCUUUGAAGGGUUGUGAAAAAUGUCUUCCACAGUGUCAGUGCUGUGAUCUCAAACAGCCGGACAACAAGACGGAACAAGAAACAGCAUGAUUGUAAAAUUACACAGAUGUGCCUGUUCUGCAUAGCUACAUUUGGAACAGGCACAAUUGCUGUAUAACCGUGUGUGUUGUAACUGCCCAGUCUUUUUCACAGCUUGAACUGGUGUAUUGAUGGAGAUCAAACAUUUGUCACACUUGGUACUGGACCCGCUGAGGUCCCAGUUCUGAUAACUGACUUGUCUGUAACACUUUCACUACUGAUUGCCUGAAGCUGACACGCUUUUGUGUGGAAAUAACUGGAAUAAAGUUUGCACACGAUUCUAAAAAGACUGAUUUAGCAGCUGUUUCUGGUAGCCUUAGUUUUGGUGGUCAGUAAUUGUAUUCUCCUAAAUGUCUUCGUUUCCAAACUGUAACAUUUAGGUAUUUGUAAGUAGUGAUGACAAAAACCUGGUUAAAAUCUCUCUGAACUGAACACUGAUCCAGUGAAAAGCAUAACUGUUGAUUAGCUUUAACGUAUUGGUCCUGAAUAUUCUGGUUGUUUUUUAUGUUCUGGUUGGUCGUCAUGUUAUAGCUGGUUAUGUUCUGACUAUUCUGUGUUCUCUCUUGAUAGUUUCAUUUGGUAAAAGGUACAGUUCUGUCCAAUGCAGCUGCUUCUUUCAAUAUUUUUAUAGAUUAGUCAAAUGCAACACCAGUAACUGCCACAGUUGGCCAGUUGUUUGCACCUUUUUAGAACAAAAAAUCAUUCAUUUCCAUAUGAUCAAAAUGUGUAAUGAUCAGAAAAUGUAUGCAAAGACGUGUGUGCGUGUGUGUGUGUGUGUGUGUGUGUGUGUGUGUGUGUGUGUGUGUGUGUGUGUGUGUGCGCGCGUGUGCGUGCGUGCGUGCGCGCGUGUGCGUUCACAUAACUUUGUAGCAUAUGGUCAGGGUGAGUCAGCCAAGUUUCUUUUCUUGUGUGACAAAACAAACGUGAAUGUGCCUUUGCUACAUGUUAUGUGACAAUCCUGUGGAGCUGUUUGUACUUCUCACCAUUUGGACACGUCAAUAAAAAAUCAUCCACAACUGCAAUAAAGACUCAACAUAUUGAUAUUCACUUCAAUAAACGGGUUUCUGAAAUGUUACAAAAUAUAUAAAAAACCAUCACAUUUCUUUUUAUGUCUUCUCAGUUUUUUAAUGACUUGGAAAUCCACCUGCUCUGCCAUCAUUCAAGUCAUCUCAGUCAUCCUAGGACGCUUUUUUACAGCACUCAAUGAACUUCUGUUAAAACCUAAGUAAACUACACAAUUCACUAAUAAAACCACCUUUCGCAGCA